AGCUCCGCCCCCUCGCGGCGCGGCUGACACCUGCCGGCGAUUGCCAGAGUCAGACGAUCCCAAGGCUUCUUCGCCGGCCGCCGCCGAACUCAAGCCGAGCGCCCCCUCCCAGGUAAAUGGACGAUCUGGAGAGCCGCAAAGCACGGAGGAUAGAGCAGAUGGUAGCAAAAUGGCUGCGUCGAUCACGGGAUAAUACAGCCAGAGGGAGAGCUUCUGUAAGUGACCGAUCAUCUGAUGAAUUUAGACAAGCCGCAAGUCGUGUGAAAGUCACAGUGGAAAUCCAGAAGGAUGUGUUGCUUGGACAUUAUGGUUUUGCAGUUUCCCAGAAUCCUCCCCUUAUCAUCACAUCAGUUGCAGCAGGCAGCGUGGCUGAUGGGAAACUUCUGCCUGGGGAUCACAUUCUUGCAAUAAACAACGAAGCAGUGGAAGACACCACCGGGGAACAAAUAGCCACUCUUUUAAGGGAAUCUGAAGAGUCUCUCCGCAUUGCAGUCCUUCGAUGCACCUCGGGUGGCCCUAAAUCAUCCUUUCUUACAGCAGAGAAAAGAGCCAGGCUGAAGACGAACCCUGUCAAAGUCCGCUUUGCAGAAGAAGUCGUGGUGAAUGGACAUACUCAGGGAAGUUCUUUGCUGUGCAUGCCCAACGUUCUCAAGGUGUACUUGGAAAACGGGCAGACAAAAGCUUUCAAGUUUGAUGCGAGCACAACUGUUAAGGACAUUAUUCUCACUUUGAAAGAAAAGCUUUCCAUUCGAAGCAUUGAACACUUCGCCCUGGUCUUGGAAGAGCAAUACAAUGUGUUGAAGAUAUACCUCCUUCAUGACGAUGAACUCAUCACACAGGUAGUCCAGAAGAAAGAAUCUCACAAUUACCGCUGCCUCUUCAGAAUCUGUUUUAUACCAAGGGAUCCACUGGAUCUGCUGCAGCAAGAUCCAGUUGCCUUUGAAUAUCUCUACUUGCAGAGCUGCAGCGAUGUGCUCCAGGAGAGAUUUGCUGUGGAGAUGAAGUGCAGCGUUGCUUUGCGGUUGGCAGCCCUCCACAUCCAAGAGCGGAUUAUCACUUGUGCUCAGCCGCAGAAAGUAUCUCUGAAAUAUAUAGAGAAGGACUGGGGAAUAGAAAAUUUUAUCUCCCCAACGUUACUUAGAAACAUGAGAGGCAAAGACAUCAAAAAGGCCAUCAGCUUUCACAUGAAGAGGAAUCAACUUUUGCUGGAUCCCAGGCAAAAGCACCUCCUCUCAGCAGCACAGGUGCGCCUCUGUUACCUGCAGAUUCUUGGAGACCUGAAACUCUACGGAGGGAAAAUCUUUAAUGUUACUCUCAUGCUGCAGGACAGAGAAUCAUGCAUUGCCCUGUUGGUGGGAGCCAAAUAUGGAAUCAGCCAGGUUGUGAAUAACAAGCUGAACAUCGUAACCAUGCUGGCUGAGUUCGCAAACAUCAGCCGAGUGGAGCUUCUUGAAGAAUCAGACAAAGUGAGCAUGGUGAAAAUCUACCUCCAAGAUAUAAAGCUGCUGACUCUGAUGCUGGAAUCGAACAGUGCCAAAGACUUGACUUGUCUCAUUGCUGGCUACUACAAGCUGCUGGUGGAUCCAACCCAUUCGAUAUUUGUUUGGGCCGAUGGAAGGCCCCAAACACACCGCUACUCCACAGAGGAAGGGUACGAAUCUCGAACGUGCAGUGACUCCGAAGAAUCUUUCGAACUGGAUUCCUCCUUGGACCAGUUUUCAGACACACAUUCCCCCAAAUGCAGCCGCAUUGGCCCCUUGCAAGAGGAAGAAGGAGAGCAAGAGGAGGUGGAGCAGGAGGGGCAGGGGCUGCAGGACCAAGAGGUGACCUUCUGCAAUGAAUAUGACAACACAAAUGAGAGCUUAUCAGAGGCCUCUGACUCAGCCAACAUGGAGAGUCGGGGGUUCAAGACCAGCGGCUCCAGUGACUCUCUAGACGCUCUGGAAGAGGAUGACUUAGAAGCAUGCUCUUCCAGCAGGCCGGAGUUUUUCAGUUUUGAUACGCCCAUGCUCCAGGACCUCGCCAGCAAUGACAAGGCCUUCUUAGGAGUAGAUGAUGAAAAUAAAGCUACAUCAGAGGACUUCUUUUCUUUCCUUCCGCUGCCCCACUUACCCGGUUCUGUGGUUGUCCAGCCAGACGCAGAAUUCAGAAGGGAAAGUGAAAUAAAUGCUAUUGUGCUGGAGACCAAGCUGGCUGAGAAUGAUGCCAUGGAAUACUAUAGUAUCUGCGCUAACAUCUCCCCCGCCAGCAGUGGGGAGAAGACAACCCACAGUGAUGGCACAGAGGGUGGCUCGUUGCAAGACCUGUCAGCUGAGCCCAGCGUGGAUGAGGGAGUAGGCAAAAGACGAAAGUCACGUGGCUUUGUCUUGGCUCCUCCCCCUGGCUUUGGAGAUACCAGUUCAGAGGAGGAAUUCUAUGAUGCCGCAGAACGGGUGACACCAACAGAGGCACAAACUGGCUCUGGCAGUCCAUCACCACAGAAUGCACAAAACUUUGGCAUCUCGAAGGCACCGUCCUAUGGCAGCCUGGUUGAAAAUCUUCUGUCAAGACACAAGAGGGUCACGCACAGGGUGGAAAAGGAGCCAAUACAUAUCAACAGUCUGAGGAAAAGGCGGUCUUUUUUACAGACAAAUUAUACCUCACAAGUCAGUUUCCCUCUUGAUCCGCUUCACGUUCUGGAAAACACUGAGUUUAUGAAUCAUGGUGGAGAAGUUGAUCUUUCUGGUGCCUCAUGUUCACCAACUGGACUUUUCACUGAGGACACUGAGAGAGACUCAGAUUCUCUCAAAGCCAAACAACUAGUCCAUCUGGAUUCUUACAGAGCAAACAAGACUUCAUCUAGCUUAAUGGAGAUGGAACCAGAUACAGUGGAAACAAAAUCAGUAACUGAUUCAGUUUUUUCUUCAAUUUCUGCUCUCCGUUUGUCAGGUGCUCAGAAAAGUGAAAAGAGUUCAGAGUUCACAACUUCCUCCUACUCUAAAGAGGAGUAUGAGAGUCCUGUUGUCUCUUCCUGUACACCUGAUCAGAACACCUGUUUGAGUAUAUCAGAAAUCCCCUUUCAGCUGGAAUAUAUUUGCACUGAAAAGAAAGAGGAUCCUACUGAGUCAUCUUGUCGCCUUCUGGAAUGUUCUGUAGUGACCACAGACCACGAGACUGAGGAAAUACUGGAGUGUACAUCAGAAACACCACUUGACACCGGAGUCAGCUAUUUAUUGAUUGAAGAAAUAAUACACACGACUACCAAACCCUCUCGGUCUGCGGACAGUCAUCAGAACAAAGAGUUAAUUUGUGACCCAGCUUUGGAUCCAGAUACUCCUCCUACUGACAAGGUGGAAAAUCAUGAGCCGGUUGUGCUAGACCCCUGUGAAAGAGUCAAAGAUGACUCUGCCCUGUGUGAACCCAGCCAGACAUUUGAAGGGGCACUACUUCAAGAGAAUACGAGCCUGAGUGAAGAUUCCUUUCAAAAAUCAGAUCAAAAGCAAGUGGGUUUCUCCAGCGCGACUGAGCUACUUUCCAGUUGUGAUGGCACUUCGGGGAUAGUGACUCGUCUCUCCUGGCUUUCUUUUAAGUCAAUGGUAGAUAACGCAGAACCAUGUCAGCAAAACGAUGGUAAAUAUCAAAGUAUUAUUGCCCCAUGUUCCCCAGAUGUUAGUCAGAUCUCAUUAAAAGAGGAUCACGUGCUUUCAGAGUGCUCAGGCCCAUGUGCAAACCACACAUCAACCAUAACUACAUCUCACGACUGGGCUGUGUUUGCAGAACUUGAUGGUAGCCAGAAAACUGAAGAGGAAUCCAUCACAGAUAGUUCCAUGGAGUAUAAAAAUGAACACUCCAGUUCAUUAGCUGUUCCCACAGAGGAGAAUGUGGAACAGAGAAAAAAUGACCAUUUGAACUUGCCAUUUGACCUUUUGUGUGAAUUUGCAGGGCCUAGUGAGGAAACUAGUGUUUCAUGUCAAUCAUUUUUGCCUUCUGGCCCAACAGAAGGUGCUGAGGGCCCUGUGAUUUGCUGCCACAACUCUCCGACUUUGAACUCUAAGAAAACAUUCUCACCAACACAUAAAGUUGACAAGUGUAGUUGCAAGUUUUCUUAUGCCAGCUGUUUUCAUGGAUUAGACAAUGAGUUGGUAUUACAGGACACCAACUCAUCUCUUCAGGGAGCUUCUGAGGAGCCAUUAACAAGCCCGCCAACAAGAAGCCCCCGGUAUUUAGACUUUGCCCCUGUGAUGUCCGGUCAGGAGAGUGAUGGUAUUGAUGCUGAACCUAAAGACUGCAAGAGUCACGUUUGGCUUCCAGAAUCUCACAUCAGAGCACUGAGCCACGUCAAAGACAGAGCCCAUGCCUCCCCGCUUGACUUCUGCCAUUUGUUAGACCAUGUGGUAGAGCUUCAGGAAACUUUAAAGCUAUUCUGGGGGAACCGAACGAAACACCCUCGAGAUAAGUGCUUAGACCAUUUCUUGGAAAACAAGAACACCUUGUGUGUAGAAUCUCAAAGGUUGAUGUCCAGUUGCCAGAAAGUCAUCAAAAUAUGCGGGCUUUCCACAGAGAUCCAGAGUGCCAUUCAGGAGUCCUUCCGGCAUCUCCUACAGCUGACAGAAGUAUGUUUCCAUUUCACAAACUGUGGCCUUUGUAGCAGGAGGCACAAAGAUCUCGCAGCCAAUUUGAAGGAUGUUGUGUGUAGUUACCACCAGUUUGUUCAGGCAGCGCAGCAGGCCGGUGAGAAGGGAUAUCCUAGCUUGAGUGUAAAAUUACUUGUAUGCCAGUACACUGCCCUCACAGCGGCCUUGUUCUGCCUCGUGCAGCAAUUCAAGGCCCCGCCCCCCAUGUGAGAUGGGAGGAUCUUGCCCCAGUGACUGCCCUUCCUGCACCUACUCCGUUGCGCUGUGGAGAAGAACUCAGUCAAGUGUCUGCUGUUAAAACACUUAUCCCAAUAAAAACAACAACUAAUCUGUAAAAACUCCACUAAAGACAGCGA